CUGGCAACUCUCAUAUGCUGUUCUAUGUUUGUUUAGAGUGUCUGUGUUUUGAUUUGGACUAUAGAAACCAAAGGGGGUCGAGACUGGCAAAGAGGACAGUAUUCCAGAAACAAAACAUGGGUCAUGUUACUGUUUGGUGACAAACUGAUAUGAUCAGAUUUUUUUAGGCUUUUGCGACUCUUGAAACUAAAUUUUUGUGGACUUAGGAGAAGGUAUGACCCAGGAACUUUGUUCAUUUACAUUCUGUUACCUUUAUUGGGUCUUGUCUUAAUCCUUCUUACAUUGUCUUAACUGGUCACAGGAAACUUAAGGAAUUGGUCAACUUCACUGUGGGUGCUGUGGACAAUAUUGCCAACUGGCCUUCAGCACAAAUGCGCAACCCUUUUGUUUCCAGCAGCCAUAGUUUUGUUUCCCGAGGACAUAUCUCUGCUUCACAAUUACUGAACUGCUCCUAAGCAUGACUGAUUUCAGAGGAGUGCUAGGCAAUUUUUUUUCUUCUCCACACAGACUGUAUUGAUUUUUGCCAAUGCUCAAUUCACUGAGAUCCAGCCAUGUGAAAGACAGAGGUAAAGGGGAAUAGGCAGAAGAUUGAGAUCAAGAAAGCACAGACACAGGAUCACUUUGCAGGCCAUCUAGAACGGAACCUUAUCCAAGUGGACAAGGUCCGGGACAAUGAACCGGUCGGAGCUGAUCGAACCGGUUCCCACUGUAAACAGCAGCCUCAGCGGUCACUUCGGCGUGUCCCUAAACCAUUCCUGCCCCCUAGGCUGGGGGCAGAACAAGGCCAUGGAAGCAUGCGUCAUAGAGACUGCUGUCAUUGUGUUGCUGACGGUGCUCAUCAUUGCUGGGAAUUUAACGGUGAUCUUUGUGUUUCAUUGUGCCCCGUUGUUACACCACUACACCACCAGUUACUUCAUCCAGACUAUGGCCUACGCGGAUCUGCUGGUGGGGCUAAGUUGCCUGGUUCCCACCCUUUCCUUGCUCCAUUACCCAGCUGGUGUCCAAGAGCCAAUCACCUGUCAGGUGUUCAGCUACGUCAUCUCUGUUCUCAAGAGCGUAUCGAUGGCUUGUUUGGCUUGCAUUAGCGUGGACCGCUAUCUGGCUAUUACCAAGCCUCUCUCCUACAACCAGCUGGUAACACCCUGCCGCCUUCGCUGCUGCAUCGUUCUCAUAUGGAUCUACUCUUGCGUGGUAUUUCUCCCAUCUUUCUUUGGCUGGGGUAAGCCGGGGUACCAUGGGGAUAUCUUUGAAUGGUGUGCCCACUCUUGGCCCACUUCUGCACUCUUCACUGGCUUUGUUGUGUGCCUGCUGUACGCCCCUGCGGCCCUAGUGGUCUGUUUCACCUACUUCCACAUAUUCCGCAUCUGCCAGCAGCACAACCGAGAGAUCAAUGAGCGACGGGCACGCUUUCCCAGCCAGGAGAUGGAAACUGCUGAAGGGGGCAACCACGCAGGCCACGGGCCAGACCGGAGGUACGCAAUGGUGCUCUUCCGGAUCACCAGUGUUUUCUACAUGCUUUGGCUCCCCUACAUUUUUUAUUUCCUUCUGGAGAGCUCCCAUGUGCUGGACAGCCCUGCCCUCUCCUUUGUAACCACCUGGUUAGCAAUUAGCAACAGCUUCUGCAACUGUGUCAUUUAUAGCCUGUCCAACAGUGUAUUCCGGCUGGGGAUGCGUAGACUCUCACAGACGCUCUGCUCCUCCUGCUCAUUCAGCCCCUGCACUCAUGAUGACAAGGACUUUGGAGAGCCAAAGCCAAGAAAGAGAGCCAACUCCUGCUCCAUCUGAAGGUCUCGAAGGGUUGCUUGGAUCAGUCAUACGCUGCUAAGUGUUGUUGGAAUGGAUUUUAAUGUAAUUGUAACUGUUGGUUGUUAGAAGAAACUACCAACAGUGAGGAUGUUGAAGUUGUCUAAUAGUCAUGUGAUCUACAUAUCCUUGUAAAUAUUAAGAUAACACCUGCCUUGGUCCUGUAAAUACCACAGAAAGGUCACUGGCCACAACUAGUUUAACAACCUAGAGAUAUGCAGUUUUUAGAGCAUUUGAGAGCAAAAAACAAAGCCAAGGGGUGGGUUCAAAGCUCUCGCUUGUGAUGGCUCUUUCCAAAUAUAGGGCACACUUGCUAUUUUUAGAUACGUUACCCAUGUUGCUGGAUUGGUUGUUUUGAUGUUUGUUGAAUUAGUUUUGUGUCGCAGCUGUAACUGUAAAAACGGUUGCUUUACAAAACGGUGAGAGCUUAAAAUCUUAACUAGCUGGGUCUUCUCCUAGUGGCUUUUAUGGUACAGUGUAUCUUGAAUCUUAAAUGUUCACAGGCAAUUCAAGUCAAAAGCGAUGUAGCAAAGGACAAACAUCUUGGUCUGUGUUUUAUUUUUUCAAAAUCUUCAUUCUAGAUCAGAUCUUUUUGUAGGAAAUCUUGAAAUACCACAUGCGCACAAUAUCAACAAAUGCCUGUAAUAGAUGUGGACUGUAGUUUAGAUCCCCAGUGGUGUAAAGCCUUAGCUGUUUGUAAUUAGACCUAUUUGCCUGCAGUGACCCUUUGAGAAACAUGCAAUACAGCAUGUUUUAUUUUUUAGUUCAUAUUUUUGCCAGAUCAGCUUUAACUUAACUUGACCUGACCUUCAUAUUACCUAAAGCUGAGCUUUUUCAACACACUUUAAUAUAUUUGUCCAAAAAUUUUCAUUCUUACUCCGUUUUAUCUCUCUCAAAGAGAUGUUAAUUUAUUUUUAUAUUUUUCAAUGAGUUUUAAACAGUUGACAUGAUGAUAUAAUUAUUUUUCCAUUUAAAAUGCAUGUAAAUUUAACAAUUUAUUUUUAAAUAGUCAAAAAAAGUACAUACACAAAUUGUUUAGUUUUUAUUUUAUUCUGUUCUAGUUUAUACAUUCCAAUUCCAGUUA